CCAUCCCAGAUUUAGAACCCCACAAACCCUUGUAAGAAAACUUCCCACACUCACAACUCCUGACUUGGAGAGAGAGAGAGAGAGAGAGAGAGAGAGAGGAAAAAACAUAGGAAAAGAUGAGCAUUACAGACAGUGGUAUCAAACUGCCACUGUUGUUGUUUUUGCUUACCCUUUUUUGUUUUGAUGAGGGCGUAAUUGUUGUCCCGGGAAGAGGUGAAAAAGUCACGGCAGCAGGUUCGGGCGGAGGAGGAGUACUAGGAAUGGGAGGAAUCAGGAAGCUAUUACAUUUACAAGGCGAGGGAAACAGCAGCAGCUCUUCUGCUGUAUUCAAUGUCAAGAGGUUCGGUGCCCGAGCCAACGGCCACACCGACGACACAAAAGCCUUCAUGGCAGCAUGGAAGGAGGCAUGUGGGUUCACAGGCGUGGUAAUUCUACUGAUACCGAAAGGGAAGUACCUGAUUGGCCCCAUUAAAUUCACAGGCCCCUGUAACAAUGUGUCUUCUCUAAUCGUUCUAAUGAAGGGUUAUUUAAAAGCUACAACAAACUUGUCAAGGUACAGGUACAACACCGGUUGGGUUGAAUUUGCAUGGUUAGAGGGAUUGACCUUGACCGGAGAUGGAACGUUUGACGGCCAAGGUGCCAAAGCAUGGCCUUAUAACAAGUGCACCAUUGAUUCCAGUUGCAAACUUCUUCCCACUAAUUUGAAGUUUGUGGCAAUGAACAAAACAGUUGUCCGAGGCAUAAGGUCACUGAAUAGCAAGUUCUUUCACAUAGCUCUUGUGGAAUGCAACAACUUCAAAGGGAGUCUAUUAAAAAUUUCUGCCCCAGCAAACAGUCCUAAUACUGACGGAAUCCAUAUCGAGAGAAGCUCUGGUGUCUAUUUUUCUCGGUCACUCAUUGGCACCGGUGAUGAUUGCAUUUCCAUUGGACAAGGGAAUUCCCAGGUCACUGUCACAAGUAUCAGUUGUGGACCUGGCCAUGGCAUCAGUGUGGGAAGUUUGGGAAAAUACCCAAAUGAAGGCGAUGUAAAAGGUCUCGUGGUGAGAGACUGCAACAUGACUGAGACCAUGAACGGCAUUAGGAUCAAGACAUGGCCCGACUCUCCCGGACUGAGCUCAGCCACUAACAUGACCUUCGAGAACAUUGUCAUGAACAAUGUCACCAAUCCAAUCAUUAUUGACCAGGCAUAUUGUCCAUUCGCUACUUGUGCUUCCCUAGCACCAUCGCUGGUGAAGCUAAGUGACAUAUACUUCAGGAAAAUAAGGGGGACGUCGUCUUCUGCAGUGGCAGUAACACUCCAGUGCAGCAAAGGCAUCCCGUGCCAGAACAUUUACCUCGAAGACGUUCAUCUGGACCUCUUAUCGUCGCAAGAGAAGAAACAAGUCGCAACAUCCUCGUGCAGAAACGUCAGAGUCAAGUACAUUGGCACCCAAAUUCCACCACCAUGUGAUUAAUUCUGUUACUGUCUCAUAUGUUAGUGUCAUCAGCUGGAGUUGGUUGUAGAGACUAAAAGAAAUGGACCAAUAUCGUAAUUGGCUAAAGGAAUUGUUGGAUUUUGUUAGUUAUUGCUAGUUUGUGUGCACCAUGCUGGUUAGUAAGAAACGACCCGGCUUCUCUGCAGUCCUACUCACUGCAAUCCAACCACCUCAGAUUGCAAAGAAGGAGUAACUAAAGAGAGGAAGAAAGAUU